CAGCAGCGGGAUCAGCUGCAUUGUGGGAAGCCCUAGGCCGCAGGCCCGACAACUACCAUGGCGACCAACAUCGAGGAGAUCUUCCGCUCGUUCGUGGUGAAGAAGAUCAAGGAGAUCGAGGACGAGAAGCACCAGAGUGGAAAGGUGAGCAAUGAAGCAAAUGGUGAAAUUAAAACGGAGAUGGAGCCGAAGGAGUCUGAAGUUGUGGUUGCUACCACAGAGGACAUACAGGAAGAGCAGAUUGUAAACAAUAAUGAAAAUGCAUUAUCUAGCUUGGAUGAAAAGCAAAGUGAUAAUCCUGAUAAUAAAGAGAAUAUGACUGUAGACAGCAUAACAACAGAACCAGUUAAUUGCCCGGCGUUGGAUAUCAAAGAAGAUAGUUCAACUCCAUCAAAAAAAAGCAAAAAACAUAAACAUAAGCAUCACCACAAGAGUAAGAAGAAAAAGAAAAAGAAGAAGAAAAAAGAUGACAAGAAAAGAGACCGCGAAAGGUCUCGAUCAAAAUCUCAGAUAAGUCUGAAGUCAGAGCCUGACUUAAAAUUAGAAUCGCAAUCAAAAUCACACUCCAAAUCGCCACUGCGCACUGAAUGUGGUAACGAAGAGAGUAAAAAUUGCUCCCUUUUGAUGGAAUCGGGCAGCACUGAAUUAAAUAAAAAUACAUUAGAAACAAUUGAUGUGAAUACGGUUGAACCAAUAGGAGUUGAGAAAGAGUGCUCAGUGGCUGAAAUUAAGCCAUUGCCACAGGAAAAAUGUAACAUAGAUGAAAAUGCAAAAGAGAACAUUGCUGAUGACACAAAUAAUGGUAUUGAAUGUGCUACUACUGGAAAUGUUCCUGAAUUAUUGGCUGCAGUAUCAGCUUGUGAUCAGGACGAGGCAAAUAGAUUGAUCCCUGAUAGAAGUUCAGACAAUUUACAGUCAAAAUUUACUCAGAGUAUUGAAGAUAAAAAUAAACAUGAACAAUCUGAAGGAAAGAGAGCGAAACGAAGUCGGUCAAGAUCUCCGUCGAAAUCAAUAAAACAUCACAAAUCGCAGCCGCAUUCCCACUCUCAACAUUCUCCUGUAAAGAAAUCAUGUGCCAGCUCCAUUACUAGACGACAUACAUCACAGAGUUCAUCUUCCAGGAAAAGGCAAUCGCCAACUCGACAGAGAUCAAAAUCAACUUCAAGGGAAAGGAAAAAACACACAGAAUCAUCCCCAAAGUCCAAAAGGAAAUCAUCUAGAUCUCGUUCUAUCGCAAAAAAAGAACAACGGUCAAAAUCAAAAUCUCGUUCACCUUUACGGAUACGCCAUAAAUCAAGAUCAAACUCUAUAACAAGGUCCAAAGGCCAGUCAAAAGCACGACGCUAUUCUAGAUCUUGCUCACGUUCAAAACGCAGGAGUAGGACUAGAUCAGGUUCUCCCCGGCGAUCAAAAUCUGGAGUAAAACGAUCACGUUCGCCAAGACCCAGGUCAAGGUCCAAUGAGCGGGUAGUUCGUCCAUCAGCUUCGAGAGGAUACCUUAGUAGACUUGUGAGGACACGGAGGUCACCUGAUUGGCGAAGGAGAUCCAGAUCUCCUUUGAGGAGAAAAAGUAACAGUAGAACGCCUGAACGUCUCACAGAUUUGGAUAAAGCACAGUUGCUAGAGAUAGCAAAAGCCAAUGCUGCAGCCAUGUGUGCCAAAGCUGGAAUGCCUCUGCCAGCAAACUUGAAACCUGUUGUGCCUCUUAUUAAAAAAGUGAUCUCCAAAAAAAUGGGUUGUUCAUCAAUACAAGAAUUCACAGAGAAAUGCAAGAAAAUAGUGGAAAGCAAUGAUGAUAACGAAUUGGGUAGCAAAUCUCGUGCCCCUGCAGAGGAUGAACCAUUCAGUAAUCAACCAAUUAAAGUUAAUGAACUGAAACCCAUUUCUUUCAGCUUGAAUAAUGCCACAGUGAAACCAGCUGCAAAAACCCAGGUGGCUUUGACUAAGGAGUUUCCAGUUUCCUCUGGUUCACAGCACAGGAAGAAGGAGGUGCUGAAUGUUUAUGGACAAUGGGUUCCUGUGGAAAAAAGUAGUAAAGAAACCACUGAUGAUGAUGAUGACGUCUUUCCAGAUGUCUGUACUCAGGCCGUGGAUAUCUCUGCAACAAUGACUGAGAGGUCAACAGCACAGAAACGCCUUGUUAAGAAUCCAUACGAUGUGGAGGCAAUGUCAAUGAUACUCAGGACACAGGAACAGAUUGAUGUGUGGGCUCAGGCAAACUCUCUGCCCGGUCAGUUCACAGGUAGUACUGGAGCUCAAGUCUUGACCUAUGAGGAAUUAACACAUAGUGGUCCUCAAGCCUGGAUCAGGAAGGAUCAGUUCCUGAAAGCUGCCCCUUUAACUGGAGGAAUGGGAGCACAAUUGAUGCAAAAAAUGGGAUGGAGAGAAGGAGAAGGACUGGGAAAAAACAAAAAUGGAACGGUAGAGCCUAUAGUUGUUGACUUCAAGACUGACCGUAAAGGUCUGGUAGCAGAAGGAGAGAAAGCACAGAAGAAAUCUGGAAAUUUCCCAGCACUGAAGGACUUAUCAGGAAAACACCCUGUUUCUGCUUUAAUGGAAAUUUGUAACAAGAGAAAAUGGGCCCCACCUGAUUUUUUGAUGAUUCGUGACAGUGGCCCAGAUCAUUGUAAACAUUUUCUAUUUAAGGUGCUGAUCAAUGGUACAGAGUACAAGCCCAACCACGCCAGUCCCAACAAGAAGCAUGCUAAGGCCUCAGCAGCUACUACUGCUCUGCAGGCCCUAGGACUUGUUCCAAAGGAGAGUGUUAUUUCAACCACAAAUUUUAAGAAUGCCUCAGAUGCCACCACAUAAAUGACCUCCCACUACUACUGUAAAAUUGUUCAAUGAUUCUGUAAAUAAAGAUGUAUUAUAUUAGCAUUU